AUGCUUCGUGUCUGGCGACCUUCUGGGCAAGAGCUCGCCGCCGUGUCCGUGGAGGAGAUCAAGGAUGCAGCGGCUUUGAAGGAGCAUUUGCGCGACCAGUAUGGUUUUCCGGUGUCCUUGCAGCAACUUCUGCAUGACGGGAACCUCUUGGAGGAUGGUGCAGAACUGGCUGCAUCCGUGGAUCUGCAGUUGGUGUUGAUCGCUGAUCUUUCGGAAAGCAAGAACGCUGCACGCUUGGCUGCGGCAGAGCUGGUAGACAAUGCUCGACGGAAUCGUACGAAUAUCGUUCGCACUUUGCUGGAAGCUGGUGUCGCCAAGGAUCGUGCAGAUUCGGAGGGAAAGACGGCUUUGAUGUUGGCAUGUGAGUGUCGCCACAUGGAGAUUGCUCAACUGCUGCUGGAAGCUGGUGCUCAUACAGGUUGCUGCGACCGCAGUAGCAAAACAGCCCUAAUGCUUGCAUGCGAGCAGGGUGACCUGGAGAUCGCCCGCUUGCUGCUGAAAUUCGGUGGUGACAAAGAUCUGCAGGGACACCGUGGCAAGAACGCCCUAAUACUCUCUGCUGAGCAUGGUCACUUGGAGAUUGCACGUUUGCUGGUGGAAGCUGGUGCGUAUAAGGACGACUGCGACAGGGACAACAGGACAGCCCUCAUGCACGCAGCUGAGAAAGGUCACUUUGGGAUUGUGUGCUUGCUGCUGCGAGCUGGUGCUCGAUUCGGCGAUGGAGCCCUAUACCUCGCAGCCAAAGGCGGCCACUUGAAGAUCGUACGUUUGCUGCUGCGAGUUGGUUGUGAUGAAAGAGGGUUCGACAAUGACGGCAAGACAGCCUUACUGCACGCGUCAGAGAAUGGUUUCCGGGAGGUUGUGCAGUUGCUGCUGACAGCUGGUUCUGAUACUUAG